GGCAGGACUUUACAGACUAGAAACUAAACGGCGUAAGUGAACUGCCGAGACACUUAAGUUUCUCAGGUUCUGUCGCUGUGGAAAAAGAAGUGGCUUUUGGUUUUCUCUUUCCCGCUGGCGCCUCAGGAGAGGCAGGGCCCAGCAGGCCAACUGGGACUGCUGUCGGAGCAUGGGACACAGUGCUAGCACUGAAACUGUGCCCCAGCAACCAGGCCUACAUAACACGGAUGAUGAUGUCGACCUGCAGCAAAGCACAACAGGAGGGGAAGAGGGAAACUCUGGUGGAGGAACUCCUCCAGCCAAACGCAAAGGCAAAUUCUCCAAAGUUGGGAAGAUCUUCAAGCCCUGGAAAUGGAGAAAGAAGAAACCAAGUGAGAAGUUUGCUGAAACAUCUAUAGCCUUGGAAAGAAAAAUUUCUGUUAGGAAGAGUCGCCAAGAGCUCAUUGCAAAAGGAGUGCUUAAAGAAAUUCCAGAGAAUGAGAGCAACAAUGUGAACCACAACAAAGUUCCUCCUGUAAAGAAUGGCCAUCCGGUGCCAAUGGAUGUGGACCGGUUGUCCGAGGCCGGAUCACGCGUGUCCCGUGGAGAGUCAGACCUCAAAAUCAACGCCGUGCGUGGCCCCCAGGUAGAAGAACGCAGGUCCAGAAUCCCGUCGGACGCUUCCCGCUCCAAUCGGGCACCUCUGGAUGUGGACACUCACGCACGGCUGCCUUUGGACGUAGACCCCCGAGUACGACUCCCCUCGGAAGACAAGAGGGGAGGUUCUCUACCCCGUGGACAAUCUCAGGACAAUAGAUAUAGGUACAGGGAUGAGAGACGAGACAGAGAAGAAGCAGACCGACGGGACGACAGGAGAGACUGGAGGGAUGACCGGGGGGACCGAAGAGACCGAGACGACAGAGAAAGACGGGAUCGAGACGAGCGUGAGAGAAGAGAAAGAGAUGAAAAAGAACGAAGAGAUAGGGAUGACAGGGAGAGACCGGAAAGAGAUGUAAAAGACAGAAGAGAUAGGGAAAGAGAUGAAAGAGAAAGGAGAGAGAGAGACAGAGAUGAGCGAGAAAGAGGGGAGAGGGAAGAGCGAGAAAAGAGAGCUCGAGAUGAGCGAGAAAAGAGGGAUCGAGAGGAGAGAGAAAGGAGAGACAGAGAUGAAAGAGAGCGCAGAGACCGAGAGGAAAAGGAAAGGAAGGAAAGAGAAGACAAAGAGACGAGAGAACGAGAUGAGAGGGAACGAAGAGAGAUGGAUGAAAAGGAAAGAAGGGACAGAGAAGACAGACAAAGAAAAGAACGAGAUGACCGUGAGAGGGAGAGAAGGGAGAGGAGAGGGGACAGAGAGCGCAGAGAGCGCAGAGAGCGCAGAGAGCGGGACGACAGAGACAGAAGAGAGGACAGGAGGGAUGACAGGGAAUGGCGUGUAGAAAGAGAUAGGAGGGAUGAAGACCGAGAGAGAAGAGCGGAUGAGGGGAACCGAAGGAACGAGCGAGAGAGGAGAGAGGAACGGGACCGACGGGAUGACAAGGACCGGAGGGACAGACCCGAACCCCAGCGCUCAGUGGACGACCAUCGGCCUGUUGUCAGGCCUAACUUUGACACAGACCCCAGACCUCCUCUGCAGAAGAGCUCCUCAGAGGAAGCCAGGAGGGCGCGGCCUGUGUCUGAAUCCAGCGGCCGGAGCACACUGCCCCGCUACGUGUCCCCGACUGAGUUCAGGGACCGCUCAGAGUCUGUCGGCGUCCGCUCAUCCAAAGACCCCCAACCGGACCCCCCACCCCUGAAACAAGCCCUGCUGCCCCCUACCUCCAAAUACUCUUCCUCCACCUCCUCCUCUGAUCCCCCCCGCAGCACCACCCCCCCAUCUUCUUCCUCCUCUUCCUCCUCUGCCUCCUCUGCAUCAUCCUCCUCCGCACCCGUUCCGAUGGCCAAACCCCCGCGGACAGUCUCGCUCAUUGUCAACGACGCCCCCAAGAGUCACGUUACCCCAGGCCAGGAGGGUGACACGCCUCCCCCCGUCCCUCCCCACGCCAAGCAGCCCCCGCCUCCUCCCCCCAAACCCAGCAACCGCAACAGCACCAUCCCUGUGACCGCCUCCUCCCUGCACCGGGGCCGCCUUAGGGUCAGGCCGCCGGGUCACUGGAGACGGCACCACGAGCUGGGGCUGUACCUCUCCCUCCCCACCUACCCACAUCACCGCCGGCCCGGUCAGUCGUCUGAUCACCCUCAGCCCGGUGUCAUUGUCGUACCCGCUCCUGCCAAACGCUCCCCUCCCACUCCCCCCAAGAGGACCACGCCCGUCACCAAGCGCCAUUCUGUAGACCCGACCCCUCCUCCGCCCCCUGCUCACGCUUCUGAAGCCCCCUCUUCCAAUCCUGGAAAUGUCCCCGCGCUUAUACCCCCACGAACUGACAGUUUAGAGGACAAACCACAACCACUCCAAGCUGCAGUCGACGAUAUGCCAUCGCCGCCAUCCCACAUCCCUCCGUCUCCUCCGCGCUCGCCCUCUCUACCCCCACAGCCCAGCUCCACCGUUGUGCCCAGGCCUACUAGUCAGCCGGACCCCCCUAGCCCGACCACAGAGCCCCCCAGCCAGCCCCCCACCGUCCCGCUACACAUCCUGAUCCAGAGAGCGCUGAACAGCCCAAGCCCGAUGCAGCCCAAUCCGGACGGGUCACAGAGGGCACACUCACUGCUGUUUGAGUCUCCCGUCGAUGUGGUAGCUGAGGGAGGAGGGAACUCUCGAUACUCACUGCCCGUCACCAUUGAACCACUCAGGCUGCCUGAAGAUGACGACUUUGACAUGGAGGAGGAGCUGCGGAAGCUCCACCCUCCCAAAGUCCAGACUCGACAUGAGAUGGAGCCACGCAGCCGCCGGGCACUGGUGGGGGACCCUCGGGUGUCUGUCAUCCCUGAAGGAGGAGGCCCUGGGGACAGUGAGGAAGAGUCUGACUCUGACGGGCCCAUUCUGUACAGGGACGAUGACGAAGAUGAUGACGAGGAGGCACCCCCAAGCGGGUUGGCGAGCCGAAUAAAGAGGAAAGACACACUGGCACUGAAGCUGGAGCGGCAGGAGCGACAGGAGCGCGAGGAUGCUCAGGAGAACCACGACUACAUGAGCUGGAAAAACCAGGAGCAGUGGGUCCAAGUUCGCAACACGAUUGGCACUGCUCUCACAAGGCGGCUGAGUCAAAGGCCCACUGCAGAGGAGCUGGAACAGAGGAAUAUUCUUCAAGCCAAGAACGAAGCUGACCGGCGACUGGAGCGCUGUGAGAUCAAACGCAGGCUCACCAGAAAGCUGUCUCAGAGGCCCACUGUUGCCGAGCUCCAGGCCAGAAAGAUCCUUCGUUUUCACGAGUACGUUGAGUGUACUCACGCCCAGGACUACGACCGCCGCGCAGACAAGCCCUGGACCAAACUCACCCCUGCUGACAAGGCUGCCAUCCGCAAGGAGCUCAAUGAAUUCAAGAGUUCGGAGAUGGAGGUUCACGAUGAGAGCCGCAUCUACACCCGGUUUCACCGACCUUAGCUGCCCAUCGCCGAAGCACUUAAUCGGGGAUGAAGCGGAUGAUGUGCAGGUCCUACACUGGAACAGACUUACCGGCUACAUGGUCCUCCACUGUCUACUACUACUACUACUACUACUGCUGCUACUGAAAAGUAUAAAGAAAGCAGCUCUCAAGAGUGUGUGGGCUGUCCAUGUUCAAAGGUGCCUUGUGCCAACACUAAGAGGAAUGCUAGAAAGCAGUCCCAGAAAUAUAUUGCCUUAUGAUCUAGACUACUGGUUUCCUCACACAAAGGGAAGCGAAACAUUUUAGCACUGGUACUUUAAGGUGGGGUUCAUUGCGGUGGUACAGCGUGGGUUGGGUCAGUAAUGGUCAGUUAUGAAAGGUGGCUGUAGAAGCUUUUAAACUGGCUCUCAAGUGCCCCCUGUCAGGUUUAAGAGGUACUAUCAUUUAAAUCAUUGGAUCACAAACUUUAGACUUUUACAAAGUUCCAUCCAGCAAAAUAUAUGGACUUCUGAUUACCUCCAGAUUUAAACCAGAUCUAAAUUAGUACUACACCAUGAUCUAAGCCAAGAUUUAGGCCAAAAAGGAGGACGUGUGCAGGGAUUUUGUUUAAUUUGUUGUUUAAUUGUGAGCGACAGUUUUAAGAAGCACUAAUCAAAAAUGAAUAAUAAGCUAGUCUUCUUCACGUGUCUUGUCUUUUAUAGCUGAAAAUUUGAUGACACAAGAAGGUUAAUUCCGAGACUCAUAAUUCUUAAUAUUUUAAUUUCAGGAGUGAGACAAUAUGAAAUGAGGGAACUGACAAAUUGGCAGUAAUUGAUAGAUUUUAUGAAACAACUAAAACUACAGAUCUUACCACUUAUUCAUUCAUCUGACUUAACAAACCAUCCAGUGUUAAAUAUGCAAAUGGACAAUGUGAUGUCAAAUUCCAUUCAUUGCUGCUGCAAACUUUUUAAAUUGUAUGGUACAUUUUUUUGUGCGCUCUUUUAAUAAUCUUGGUAAACUUAACCCAUGCUGUGCCAUUUCUAGUGGAAUCACCCCUUCAAACCACUGACUUCCUUACAUAACUGGAAGCAUUAGCAUUUAAAGCACUGUGUACGGUACCACUUGGCUAAUUAUGGUACCACUAUGCUGACAAACAUCAUUCAUCUGUAAAUGGUACCACUUCUAAGCCUUAAUAGUACUCACUUUUGUAAAUUUACAUCAAUGUGAAAACCUCAAUAGAGCGUACUUUUAUCAUAAUUAUUUUUCGGGUGCUCUCUAAUAUUAAAGUUAUAGCAUUUUACUGUAAAUUCUCAAUGAUUUUGUACAAAUCUUCCCAAGCACAUAUCACUAUUUUUUGUAAAGUUGCACCUUAUGUUCCUCAACUGGGUGUAUAGAGAAUUUAAACAUUUCUUAAUAUUGUUAUUCUACAAAAUGAACAGAAUUUGGAAAGUGUACAUAUUUUUAUUUUUUGUUUUUCUUUUAUGGUACUUUAUACGUGCGGCUAACGUGCUGUUUUUGUGUAGAUUUCAUUGACUUAACGUGUACAUCUACUGUAUUUCUGACAUAUUUUAAGUGUAAAGUAUUUGUCAACAUAGUAAUGGUACAUAAUAUUUUCUUUUUUGAUACAGAGAUCUUUAAAGUUUUCUGACAACUACACUGUAAAAAUGACACUGAAAAUUAAACCUAAUAACUUGUGAUUACA